CGCGCGGCUCUGCCGCCUGCGGAGGCCCCUCACGGCCGCCUUCGGCAGCGCCGCGGCCGCGGGGCCCGGGCAGGAGCCGCCGGCGGAGCCGCUGACGGUGCGGCGGCAGGCGGGGGGCGUGCGCACCAUCGUCCUGAACAACCCGCGGCGGCGGAACGCGCUGUCCCUGCCCAUGCUGCGGUGCCUGAGGCAGGACCUGCUGCACGACGUGAAGAGCCGGGAGCUCCGCGUCAUCGUCAUCGCGGCUGAAGGACCUGUAUUUUGUUCUGGCCAUGAUUUAAAGGAACUGUCAACUGAAGAUGAUGUGAAGCAUCAUUCCCAAGUGUUUGAAUUAUGUGCAGAGGUUAUGACUUUAAUCCAGAAGCUUCCAGUGCCAGUGAUUGCCAAAGUAAACGGCUUGGCUACAGCAGCAGGCUGUCAGCUUGUGGCAAGCUGUGACAUCGCAGUGGCAAGUGAGAAAUCCAAGUUUGCUACUCCUGGGGUAAACAUUGGGCUGUUUUGCUCCACACCAGCUGUGGCCUUGGGCAGAUCUCUUCCAAGAAAGGUGGCACUGGAGAUGCUUUUCACGGGUGAACCUCUCUCUGCCCACGAAGCACUAAUGCACGGGCUCGUCAGCAAGGUGGUACCAGAAGACAAGCUGGAAGAAGAGACCAUGAAAAUCUCUCACAAGAUCUGUGAAAGCAGCAAGUCCGUGCUGGCCCUGGGGAAAGCCACCUUUUACAGACAGAUAACCCAGGACCUGGACACUGCUUACAAAAUGACUACUCAGGUCAUGGUAGACAAUCUGACUUUGAGGGAUGGGCAGGAGGGUAUCGAAGCCUUUAUCCAGAAGCGUAAGCCAGUCUGGACACACUCUCAGGAAGAGAAGAAAUGAGUCCUGCCUCUUAACUAACCUUAGCUGUGCUUUGUGAUUCUUCACGCAGUUGCCUUUGGGAAUUAUAUUUUUGUUCUUACUGAAAGUUAAAUUUGUCUUCUUGCAUAUGCCAGACACAAUAAAUUUAUUCUAAGUAUGUAAUAAAUGUUAAGAAACAUCAAAGAAAAAAUGGGUUUUCUCAGCAGUGAAUUUAAUCUGUGGUUUUAGAAGGAACUCUGUGCUGCAAAAAUCAGUUUAAGAUGUCCCAGGUUACUUAGGGAGUCACAGGGACUGAGAGAGAGCUCAGAUCGUCCUGUUCAGUACCUCUCCCCAUAGUUCUAGAUGAGAAUUUCCAUUUAUUAAUAGAGAUUGAAGGGCUUGGACACAUUCCAGAGAUGAUGGUAGUACAUGUCAUAAUGGAUUCCAGGACUGUUUGGGUGUUACAGACAGAAGCCUGUAAUAGUGAUCCAUUACUCCUUAUGGAUAUAUCUGCUUAUGAACUGUAUGUAUCCCACAGCAAAUCCUGAUUUUCUACUAUCAGUUCAAGCACUUCUCCCAGCUCUAGAGAAUUGUGCUGUUGACUCCAGGGAAGGAUGAGCGUGGCUUGGGGCAAAAGUCACCCCAUGGGCUUCAGCAGAGAUCCUCACCUGGCAGUGACUUGACCCAGCUGUAAUUUUCAGGCUGUAUGUGUUCAGUUUAUCACAGAAUCUUGGAUGUAUUAGUUGGCAAGUCCAUCUUUGUGCUCAGAGCUGGGCUUUUACCAGCACUGGAGCAGUUCAGCUGUGGAUUUACAGACUUGACAACCUCCUACAACAAGGAUUCAGCUGCUCCUCUGGGUAAUCUCUUACAGUGCUUUGCAACCCUCCUGCUGAAAUAUUUUUUGUUAAUGUCCAGUCUGAGCCUUGAAGCAGAAUUUUUUUGUCCAUUGCCCCUGGUUACAUUAUCUGACAUUGUUGAGAAAACUCCAAAUCCAUUAUCUGUGUAACUGUCUUCAAGCAGUCACAGGCUGCACUUACACCACACUGAUGCUCCUGUGUGCCAGACUGAACAAACUUCCUCCACCCUCCCCGUAGGUCAGGUUCUCUAGGUAACCAGCUUGGCAGCCCUGCAGUGGACCAGUUCCAGUUUCUCCACAUCCCUUUUUACUGGUUGUGCCAAAACUGGACUGGAGUCUAAAUAUGGCCUCACCAGUGCUGAGCAGAGAACAAAAUAUGCCUUCCAUGUGCUGGCCAGUGAGUCCUGCUCAGGGUGCAUUUUGUCUGGUCUGGGAUGAGAGGGCACUGCUGGCUCUGCUGCAGCCAUUCAUCCACUGUGAGCCCGGUUCCAGGAGGACUGUGCUCUGCCAGUCCUCUCUUAGCCUGUACUGGUGCUGGGGUUAUUCUUCCCAGGUGCAGAAACUCACAUUUCUCCUUAGAUUAUGUUUUUUGGGAUUGAAGCCAGGCCCUUCGGUGUGGCAGUCACUGCCUCAAUUCCAUAUCACCUGCAGGCUUGCUGAAGAUCUGUUACUGAUGGUGAUACUGAGUGAUACAAGUCUUCAUAUCAAUCCAUGGUGAUCAACAUGGGAUGGCCUCCCAGCAAAGGCAUUUUUUCUGAAGUUCCACACAGCCAAAUCAUGAAGGCUCAUCCAUCUCAUCCUUAAAUAGACAUCUAAGCAAGAUCAGGUGAAUCACUGUAUGGAUGGGCCUUUUAUUCUUUGUUGACAGUAAAAGUAGCCCAAAGUGCUAAGCACAGACUUAGAUGUCUUCAGUUAGAUCAAAUUAAUCCUGCCUAUGGCUACUAAAACUCCAAAUGUGGAAGCAUCAUGAAUCAGGAAGGAUUUUUUUAAGGUAUGUUGGACCCACAUCCUUGGUUCCCUGUCUGUCUGAAUGUUAGUUCAUUCCUCAGUUCUCCACUGGAGUGAAUCAGAUCCCCAGUAAAGUCCCAGGACUGUCCCCAUAGGCCUUUCAGUGAAACCAGUGACAUAAAUACUUUUACCAUUUAUACAUAUCCAGCCCCACAAUGCAAUUCUCUUUCCCAGCUACAGGUUGAAAAGAAAGAAUUUUUCAGUUCUGCUGCAAUUUUUACUUUGAGGAAUGGAAACUUAAACUUGAAUUCACCACUGAACAUAAUUUGUUUCUAUGGAAAAGAGAAAAAAGGGGUAUAUUGGGACUAGUUGUUUUAAAAAUAUAAAUUUUUAUUGUUACCACCAGUAAAGAUGGGUAAGUUUAUUAAAAAAAACUCACACAGUUCAUAUAAGUUAGGAACUGUUAUGAGCAAUUAAGAGAUAGAAGAGUUAAAUCUGGAGCCCAAUAACCUUCAUCAUGUCCUUUUCAAUGCAGUAAGAUGCUGCACUUAGACUCUGUUCCCACAUGCUGCUCUAAAAGCAUUAGGAAAGAGUAAAUUGUUUUAAAAAAUAUUUAUAUUUAAUGGCUAUCUUGCAACUACUCAGCAAAUCUUAACUGGCUCUUAUGUUCCAGGCUUUUAGAAAUAAGUACAUUAUCUGAUUUUUGCAGAACAGUGCUCUUUCCAACUAACUGCAGUAAUAAAAUGGUUUCACUGGCCAUCUUAAAGCAUAAGUGACAGUUUAGAUGAGCACAUUCUUUCAGAUAUUUAGAAAUUAUUCUACAGCUAAUUGCCAUCUACACUGGGUGGGGUUUGGCAUUGUUAUUAGUAGUAGUAUUAUUAGUAUUAUUAUUAACUCAUGCUUGCAAUUUUUGAAGGAAAAAAAUGCAUUUUAAAAGAAUAAUUACUUCAUUUGAAAUAGUUGUACCACAGUGGAAUCAAAUUAUUCCUGCACAUGGAUUCAUUCAGUUUGAAUGGCCUUGUAGGACACUAAUAUUCCAAAGACACAUAAGUGUCCUCAGGCUUUUCACUAUGAGCAGAAGUUAAUGGAAGUGCUGUGUAAAGUUAAGAACAGGCACACUUGAGCAAGACAAAAUGAUGUUGGGAGGGGAAGUUAACUAUCAGAAAUGGUGUCCUGGUUGGUUAUGUGAUAGGGAAAGGUUAGGACUGUUACCUUUAUCCUUGGCUUACCCUGUAGAAGACCGAGCACCAUAAUGUCUUGAGCUCCUUCACAGUUCAAAUCUGUGGAAGCUGAGGAAGUACAAUGCUCUGGGCAACUGAGUUCAGAUCCUAAAGAACACUUCUUUUCAAGGCUCGUGGUAUUUUUCAGUCUAAUUCACAGGUAUGACAAAUGUUUGUCUUGUACUUUCAGAUCUUGAGUAGAAAAAAUAUGUUUUAACUCAGUUUUCACUCUAUUUGUACUAUUUAAUGCAAUAAAGCAAUUAUGUAAUUAUAGAAUCA